AGUGUGAUUAGAAAGUUAGCUGCGUAUUGCAGAGGCAAUAGGCCGGAACUUUGAACAGUUGAUGUAUUUUAUUGAUUAUUUGUGCUUUUUCAUAAAGCCAAAAAAAUGGACGUUGAAGGGAAUAUCGAGAGGAUGGAGAGCGUUGAUUUAGAUUUAGAUGACGAACUAGAUAGCCUUCCCAUUGGUGAUCUUAACGACGAAAUUGAUUGCUUGCCCGGCAAACCUGAGAUUGAAUGGAAUCGAGUUCAUGCAAAGCCAUCAUCGAAGGAAACUUAUGGCAAACUGUGCUUCAUACCUAGACAAAAAAUAAUAGUUGAUAUUAUUCAUAUAGAACAAACUCGUGAUUUCCAGCUUAAUCCAUACUUAUAUACCAUACAAUUACAACACGGUAACUAUACUUGGAAGAUAAGACGGAGAUAUAAACACUUUCGACAAGUACACGAUGCUCUUUCACUCCUACGAAUAAAAGCUCAAGUGUCGAGUGUUGUUCCAACAAUCGCAAAUAGAGAAAGAAGACAAAGUGUUGAAAUUGGUAAGAAAACUGUUCCGAAGUUUCCUAUUAUACACGAUCGUUUGGUUCCAUCAAACAAAGUUGAAGCUAGAAAGAAAAAACUGGAAGAGUAUCUAUCAGCUGUUCUCCAAAUUCCUAUCUACAGGCAACAUGUAGAAGUGCUGGAAUUUCUCGAAGUUUGCCAUCUGUCAUUCGUUAAAGGUAUUGGAGAUAAAUUACAAGAGGGAAUGAUUGAAAAACGUUCCGGCGGUAGACUCAUUUCUUUGUCUUGUUGUGAUUGUGGCUCAUGUUUGUGCUGCCCUCGAUGGCACGACAGAUGGCUUCUCGUGAAAGAUACCUUUGUAGCUUAUAUUAGACCAGGAGAUUUCGUAAUUUCUGAUGUUCUAUUUAUGGAUAAGGAUUUCGAAGUUAGAAAAGGGAAAUCCGAAGAAAGAGGUUUACAUAUAUCAAAUAUGACUAGGCAUUUAUACUUGAAAUGUUCGACUGAUAAAAAUGCAGAUGAUUUUUAUGAAUCUAUAAAACAAGCUUCGGAAAGUACAGGAAAGGAAUUUAUUGCUAAAAAUGAAUUAGACUCAUUUGCUCCAUUAAGAAAAUCGUCACCCGCAAAAUGGUUUGCGGAUGGUGGAGAUUACAUGUCAGCUUUAGCCGACGCAAUGGAAUCUGCAGAGGAAGAAAUUUUUAUAGCCGAUUGGUGGUUAAGCCCUGAAGUAUACUUGAAAAGACCUAUCACACAGGAUCAUAAAUGGCGAUUAGACGUUUUACUGAAGCGAAAAGCUGAAUGUGGAAUUAAAAUAUUCGUACAGUUAUUUAAAGAGGUUAAACAAGCUUUGGGUAUAAAUAGUUAUUAUACUAAAGAAACGCUACUUAAACUCCAUCCGGAAAAUAUUAAAGUAUUACGCCAUCCUGACGGAAUAACUUUGUGGUCUCAUCAUGAGAAAUGUGUCGUUGUUGAUCAGAGAAUAGCCUUUUUAGGUGGUAUUGAUAUUUGCUAUGGCCGUUGGGAUACUUCUAGUCAUCGAUUAACCGAUCUUGGAAGCUACGAACCGGAUGAAAUACAAAAAGCGGAUAAAGAAAAUAAAGAAGAGGAAGCUGCGGAAAAAGAGGAAGAGCAUCGCCCUUUAGGUCAAUGGAAGUCCGAAGAAGGCCAUCGAACAACUCAUACCGAGUAUAAAAGAUCUCUCUCUGCUCCGUCCCCGAGAGAAAAUGCAAAAUUAAGUCCAGUUUCUCAAAAAUUGGAAACAGUCAACGAAUCUACUGUGAUAGCCAAUUUAGCUGCUCUCACUCCAGAAUCCGAAAGAAAAUUGGAGAACCAAACUUCAACAGAUUCUAUAGCGAGGAGGCAAAAAUUCUCCAGACAAAAACGAAUUGAAGACGAAGGUGAUAAUAAUAAUUCUCCUACAGUAAAAUUCACUCCAGACAUUGCUGCCAGAAGAAAGGCGCCAAAAUUAAGAGUUGCCGCAAAGCAUACGGCAUUUGUUGAUUCCGAUUCCCAAGAACCAGUCGAAAAGCCUGAAACCCCAAAAUUACAUCGAAAAUUUGUCCAGGCGGCUUUAGAUUGGAAAGAUAGAUUUCAUAAACGACGCCUAAGCUCUAUAGAUUUAAGCGGGGCCAAGGUUGAUUUUGGGCAAAGUAUAUUUAUAAAUGAUGACGAUUUGGACGAAGAUAGCGAUGACGGAUCUAGGUUAUGGAUAGGAAAAGACUAUACGAAUUUUAUAUUUAAAGACUUCAUUGAUUUAAAUAAACCCUUCAACGAUUUUAUAGACAGACGUAAGACACCUAGAAUGCCCUGGCAUGAUAUUGGUUGCAGUGUCUAUGGGAGGGCGGCUAGAGAUUUGAUACUACCUAAAAGCUAUACUAAACUAUCUGUCCCAAAGCACCUUGUUAAAGGAGCAAAUAUAGUCGAUGUCCAAGUACUAAGAAGCGCUUCAGAGUGGUCUGUUGGAAUAAGCGCUGUCGAAUGCUCUAUUCACAAUGCUUAUAUAAAAUUGAUUAGAGAAGCAGAGCAUUUCAUUUACAUUGAGAAUCAGUUCUUUGUAUCGAUUGCUGAUGAUAUGGAUGUUAAUAAUAGAAUUGCUGAUGCCCUCUUUCAAAGAAUAAGACAAGCUCACGAAAAGAAAGAGACAUUUAGAGUAUACGUAAUUAUGCCUCUUCUACCCGGAUUCGAAGGUGAAUUUGGAACCUCAACAGGAACAUCUAUUCAAGCCGUUACAGAUUGGAAUUAUAAAUCUAUCUGUAGGGGUUCAAAUUCAGAAAGUUCCAACAGUAUUAUUCAACGUAUAAUGCAACUAGGUGCAGAUCCCUCGGAAUAUAUUUCGUUCUUUGGUCUUAGAACACAUGGAAAGUUGGAUGAUAAAUUGGUUACUGAAUUAAUAUACGUUCAUAGUAAAUUGAUGAUAGUGGACGAUAAAGCUGCCAUAAUUGGUUCCGCAAAUAUUAAUGAUAGAAGUAUGUUAGGUAAACGUGAUUCGGAAUUAGCGGUUAUGAUUAGGGAUAUAAAUUUCUUCGAUUCAAAAAUGAAUGGCCAACCAUAUAGAUCCGGUAACUAUUGUGGGAGAUUACGUCUAGCCUUAUUUAAAGAGCAUCUAGGAGAGAACAACUAUUCACUUUUAAUUGAUCCAGUUUCGGAGGAAUUUUAUAAAUGUUUCUGGCUUAAGAGAGCCUCAGUGAAUUCUAAUAUUUUUGAGAAAAUAUUUAAUUGUAUUCCAUCCAAUAAGGCAACCAGUUUUUCGAACAUGAAAGCUAUGCAAAGUGAAGAACAACUGUUCUUAAAAGAUCCGGAAGAAAGUGAAGAAUUGAUAAAGAAAAUACACGGUCAUUUGGUUUUAUUACCCUAUUUCUUUUUAAAAGAUGAAGUUUUGGCACCAAGCCUAACAAAGAAAGAAGCCUUUAUACCGACAAACACAUGGACAUAA